CACGAUUUUUCUUUCUUUCCGUGUUUAAAAAAUCUGUUCUCGUGGUCCUGUGUGUUCGCCUUUACGCUUGCCUGUUACGGUCGUAUAGUGUGUGUCCUGCAUUUUGCAUGUAUGACAUCUCAGGGCUAAAAAAUAUGUUUCUUCCUUCAACCAGGUCGAGGAACCUUUUUGUACGGCUAAGCGCGUCUAAAUUUAAUCCGUUUUGAAUUGCAAUCCCCAUAGUAAUUGUCUAGCUUUUUCCAGACCACCUGCACAUUGUAAUCUAGCCAAAUCUACAGUCGCCCGUAUUUAUCACGCACUUGGCUCUCGCUGCGUAGCAUGAAACUGCUGAAGAACAUGUGGGCUUCUCCUACUAGAUAAUGUGCGCUGUUUCAUUUUCUAACGUUGAAUUAUUGCAUUUUUAUGAUUAUUCCUUUUGGACUAGGCAGAAGUAUAAAAAUUGUAUCAUUCAACGAUCCUUCUGUUAAAGCUUCAGAAAGUUUUAAUUUUGUACUCAUGUUACGCUUUAAAAAGCAUAGUAAAACAAAUUUCAUUGGGAUCUACUCUCUUAUGGUAUCGGAGUGUCAAAAGAUAAUCUUUUCUGGAACUUUCGGUAUUAAAACUCCCAUCCGCACGUACGCUAAUGUAACUGGAUGCCCGUGUCUGCCUGACAUGUUGGUGGAGAGCUACGUCCAAUUUCCAUUGCGCAAAGGAGCGAUUAUAUCAGUAUUUACGGGACACAAUUCAGCCAAAAGCCUGAAGCGCUUCUUAAAGGUACCUCGUGCUAACAUGGCAAUUCGUUCAGUACGCCAAAAGCAGUUCUUGUGAUCGAAUUUGGCAAAACUAUCAUAUUUAACAAAAAUAGCAUAUCUCUCAAAUAACUAUCCAGCUGUUUUAUUUGAAAUUAUUUAGUUUUAACUGGAACGUUGACUUGAUGUUUUAAUAUAUAAAUCUUAAAUUUAUGUAAACUAUUUAUCAAUCAAAUCUAACCUAAGGAGUGUUUUCCAGGUAGACCUUGGGUGGAGGUGGGAUGUGUUUUUAUUAUUCAGAACCGUAAAAGCCAAACUGGUCAUUUGAAAGUCUGAUGCUACUCGUUUUGUGCGUUUUUGCUGAGAAGCAGGUCCACUUAGUAACUUGGCGUGCGCUUCUGUGGCCAUGACGGCACAUCCAUACUUGUGGUUGCAAAUCCGAUACUUUAAUGUUCUAACAAGACAAAAAUAACUUCCCUAGAACAGCAAGAUCAAUGUAAUUGUUCUUUGGAAGUCGCUGAGGUUAUUGUUACAAAACAGCUUUACUUUGCGUGUGUGUGCGUGUGUGUGUGUGUGUGUGUGUAGGUAAAUAGUGGUAAACUAUUCGUACAACGUUGCAGGCUGGUAGUGGUACAUGCAUUCAGGAAGAAUUUCUAACAGUUUGUACAAAUAUUACUGAUGUAAAUCGGCUCUGUAGUAGUGCUGUGUGUGUGUUUCUCAUGCCGUAAUUCCGUAUUUUUAAGUGACUAUUCAGCUCUUGGGCAAUUCCCUGCACUUUCACAUGACAGCCGCUUUCGGUGCUCGGAUUCCAUGCUCAGCAAGUGUGUAAUGUGACUUGUGUUUUUUUUUUCUUAAUUCUUUUCGUUUUAGUUUUGCUGAGUCACGCUUAUGGUGAAGUUAUUUAAACCCCCCCGCCACUCCCAGGACGUGCAUAUGCCUUUCCAUUGACAAAAGGAACCUUUUUCUUCUCCUAUUAUAGGCGGUAACGUGACCAAGCCAUGCGCUUCUGGGAAAGGGUGGCUCCGAAUAAAAGGCUCUUUAGAAAGACAUAAAUUGGUGUAUAACGGCUUAUUAAUUGCUUAUGCUAGUUGCAGAUAAGGCGAGGCGGCCAUGGACCCUAACGGCCAGGAGACUUUCCCCGGUGGCGUCCUGCCUGUCGUCGUUAUUGGCAAUGGCCCAUCUGGAAUCUGCAUGUCCUACCUGUUGUCUGGGUAUAUGCCAUAUCUUUCGCCCGAGGGCACCCACCCCAACGCCAUCCUGCAGGCCAAACUGGAGCAAAACCCCCACCUGUCCUUGUUGGAGCAGGACCUGGAGUACCUCUGUGAGGGGCUGGAGGGCCGCUCGUCCAAUCCGGUGGCCGUGCUCUUUGACUCCCUUCUCCUGCCAGACAGUGACUUUGGGUUGGACAGCCCCUCCCCGUUGCUAUGGCGAUACCAGCCUGAGCGAGCCACGCCCCACCUAGUCCUGGGCAGGGGUCUGCCAGGUGGAGCCUGGCACGCCAUGGAGGGCUCCAUGCUCACACUCAGCUUGGCCCGCUGGAUGGAGCUUCCUGGUCUGAAGCUGAAGGACUGGGUUCGAGACAAGCGCAGUUCCAGGAAUGUUCGUAAUGACCGGGCCACACCAGCAGAAGUUGCCUCUUACUACCAGUACUAUGUGACCCAGAUGGGUCUGCAGAAGAACUUCAUCAGUGGCACCGUGGUGACAUCGCUUUGCCGUGUACCCCGCAAAGAUGGCGGCGCCCCCGUGUGGAUGGUGCAGGGACUGCAGCGGUUAUCUGAGCAAGGAGAGGAAACGGAGUGCCCGUUUAGCUUGCAAGCAGAGAACGUGGUGCUGGCCACGGGCACCCAUGACGUGCCGGCCCGGCUAGGGGUCGACGGCGAGGACCUGCCCUUCGUGCAUCACAGCUUUUGGGAGAUGGAGUCGGCUCUCAUGAAGGGGAACCUGGACCGGAACUCUGACCCUGUUUUUGUGGUUGGGGCGGGGCUAACGGCAGCGGACACCAUCCUGGUAGCCCACCACCACAGCGUCAAUGUGUACCACGCUUUCCGUCGCUCGGUCACCGACCCGGACCUCAUUUUCAACCAGCUGCCCAAGGUGCUUUACCCUGAGUACCACAAGGUGCAUCAGAUGAUGACCCAGCAGCAGUGCUGGCAAGGGAUGCCAGUUACCCACCCCGAAAACGCGCCCCUACCCUUCUCGGGCUCUUACCCCGGGUACGUCAGCUUCCCCAAGCACCAUGUGGUGGCUUUCAAGCCGGACAAGAAGUGCGUGCUGGAGAACGCGGAGGGGCAGCAGACCAUCCUGCCGGUAUCCAUGGCCCUGGUCCUGAUCGGCGCCUACCCCAACCUCUCUUUCCUGCCCGACGACGGUCAGCACCUUGGCCUCUGCCCCCAAGAUCCAAUCAGCUGCCGGCGUAACCCACUGCAUGUCAACCCCUACACCUACGAGUCCGUGCGGGAGCCAGGCUUAUAUGUCAUGGGCCCGCUGGUGGGUGAGAACUUCGUGCGGUUCCUCAAGGGUGGUGCCCUCGCCAUUGCCAGCGACCUGGCCAGACGACAGCGCAAUGCUGACCAGAGUACAGAUGGGGACAAGGAAGACACACACAUCGCACUUGCUUGUGACUCAUAGCCUAACGUAGACCGGACCAAAGUCAACUGGUAUGAAUUAGACUGGACCAGGUUCACAGCUCAUUCAUAAAAGGCAGCCUCCAGAAUCCUGUCCAUGAGAUUAAGGACUGUCUUUGUAUUAUGGGCAUUUUGUCAGUCAAGCAUUAAUUGGAUGUGUUAAAGUAGCAUCCAGAAAUCCUUGAAUCAGAAAUCUGUCUCCCUAUGGGGGUGCAGUAAGCAUUAUGUGUAAAUCAGUUUAUAAUAUAUAUAUAUUUGACAUGCACAAACUUAGGGGGGGAAAUAAUUUUUCUAUAACACUUUAGCUAUAAUGUUAAUAACCUAGCCUGUGAACAAAUACAAUUUUAAUCUGUUUUUGAUGGGGUGUAAAUUCGAAAUUUCAGUCGCUGGAGAGGAAAUGUCUUGAGCUGGUUUUUUUUCACGUGUGGACACAGCAUAUCGGCAAUACCUCACAGCAUGUGGCCAGACCUGUUUAAAGCACCGGUGUGGUGAAUCGGAAGCCCGAGUCACCCAAGGUGAAUUACGGUCUCCCGGGUUACAUGCGAUGCUGCAGAUUGGCUGCUUUGUGAGAUCCCCUGCAGCUUUAAAUGCAGUCCGGCUUAAAUGCAAAUGUGGAGUCACAGUAUGCACGGGAAACGAUACCAGCAUUUCCUAAACAAAUCACUCUUCUUUAACAGAGGAAAAAAAAUUCACAGGUAUUUCUUUUGCAAAGUCAUGUAGCACUAUGUUUUUACGUUUCGUUUUUAGUAGAAGAGGCCUUGGAACCAGAGGCUGGCCAUUUUUAAAACACACAGUAUUAUACCCACGUACGAUACUUAUGCAACACUUAUACAUGGUAUAAUUUCAGCAGAUAUACAUCUGUAUAAUUAAGGAUUUUAAAAACCAAUACAGCAUCUAUUUCUGCUUCUUCUAACAGAAAUUUGUGUAAUAUUUUAUGUGGGAUUCUGUAACUCGUAACAUUGAUACCCUUGUUUGUCCUUGUUUUUGGUAACAAACUUUUUCUUUUGGACUUUAUGACACUCACCAUAGUUAUAUUUUAAACAGUUUUUAUCAGAGGAUUCGAGAUGUUGUCGGGGGUGAUACCUCUGUUUCGGAAGUGCACAGGAUGAUACUCGAAUGUUUUUUCUGGGUUAUUUUAAUACUAAAAUGUUUACCUCUGCAGAUAUUUAACAUACACACAUCCAUGGCAUAUACAUUAUAAAUCCACAGAUAUGCAUUUCUAAUGACCAUGCACCUGAUUCUGCCAGCCGGCUGUCUGUUGUUCAGUUGUAAAAAAUAUUCUUUUUAACAGGAUUUUGUACAUUUUAAAUUUUGCCAGUCAUUAUAUUCAGCAAUGACCACUUAUAGUUACUAAUUUCCUGUAGUAAAGACUAUUACAGCUUUGCAUUGAUUCUGGAAAUGAAUCAAAGCUUACUGCAUUGCUGAGCUUUUGUAUGAAUAAAUGUAAAAUGGUUUUUCUAACAAA